GUAGAGGGCGCUUAUGCUGAUGCUAAUGGCACCCCCCAUAAAUUCGUUGUCAUUCUAGUGUGGAUAAUUUUAAGACGCGCCGUUUGUUUAAUGUCGAUGGUGUGGAUGUAUUAGUAAAACGAUAACAAAUGGCUUCAACGUUGAACAUGCUCAUGGAAAUGGGUUUCCAGCGAAAUAAAGCUGAAAAGGCCAUUACUGUUACAAAUAACCAAGGAGUAGAAGCAGCCAUGGAAUGGCUGCUGGCACACAAUGAUGAUCCUGACAUUGACAUGGAAUGCCAAGCAGGUAGCCCUCAAUCUGAAACUCUCGGGCAAGCUAGCCUGAAACUACGCCACGAACCUGAGGCUGCGAUGGAAUCUACGAUGGCUACAGAUGACGUGAGCACAGAUACAGGUGCAGCUACAGCGGAGGUUGAGGAUGGAGCAAGCUCUGCAGCAGUGAAAGAGGACAAGGCGGAGGAGGAAGCAGACGAUGCCCCUGUCGCACUUACCAAUGUUAAAUCAUUGAAAUGCGAUGAGUGUAACAGGAAUUUUCGGCGAGAAAUUGAUGUUGAGGCACAUGCUGUCAAGACUGGACACAGUAGCUUUUCUGAAUCAACUGAAGAAGUAAAACCACUGACAGAAGAGGAAAAGCAGCAGCAAAUGCAAAAGGUACAAGAAAAGAUUAAAGAACGAAGGGAGCAGAGAGAGGAGAAGGAGAGGAAAGAGAAACUUGAUAAGGAAAUGCAGCGAAGGCGUACGGGCAAGGAAAUGGUUGAAUCUAAGAACAGGAUCCAAGAGCAGGAGAUGAAGAAGAUGGCAGAGGAGAGAAAAAAGGAAAAAAUGGAAGAAAAGGCUGCGAGAUUAAGAGUAAAAAAUCAAAUAGAAAAGGAUAAAUUAGCACGAAAACAAAAGUUCCAAUUCGGAGACUCGGCACCUGCCCCGCCCGCUCCCGUAGCAGCGGACCCUCCACCGGUGACACAGCCGCAUCCGAAGAAAGAAUACGACAAGUGCAAACUACAGAUACGGCUAGUGGGCGGCAAGUCACUGAUCCAGGAGUUUGGCGCAAAGGAGCAGCUGGCUGCGGUGCGGCUCUUUGUGCAGAUGCGGCUGCCCGAUCAGGCAGAACCUUUCACAUUCAUGACAACCUUCCCGAAACAUAUCUUCACCGAGGAGGAGAUGGAGGUGCCACUCUGCGAACUAGGUCUUGUUCCAACAUCCGUAUUGCUUGUUACUAAACCCUGACAGCACUACCGUUUGGCAAAAACUGAGACUGUUCAUAGGUUUUACUGUGAGCAUGUACCAUCAUGUCAAUCACUGCUGUUAUGAUAUUUGCUGGGUUAUGUAAUAUAAUAUAAGUACAAGCUGUGCAUUGUCAACAUGUGUUGUAAAGUUUGUGAAAGGGGCUGUUGUUGGUAGUGGUCAGAGUGGUGAUUUCACAGUCCCUAAUCCCAUUUUUUCGUAGUGUGCCUAGGGCUCUCCCAAAACAGUCUGCAAAUCUGUUAACUGCUAUACACAGAUUCUUUCCAUUAAGUUAUUUAUCCAGCAAGUUUCAGCAUCAUUCUCCAUUAAGUUAACGAUCUGUGGAAGUGUGCUGUUUGUUACAAAUAACAUUAUAAAUGAACACGUGCUGAAAUGUAGCAGUGUGUUCGUUUCCCGAUGUGUUUAGCCCCAUUGGCUGACCUGCUUAUGUAGCAACGGUGCAGGUUAUACUGUUGAAGGUUGUGUGCAUAUAGCACUCGCACCAAGCUUGGUGAAACGAAGUUAUAUUUAUCUCUCCUAAACUAACAAAUAAUUACAGCAUAAAUAAUAGAUAGUUUGACUGAAAAUGAUACUCGUGAGUGAUUUAAUUCAGUCAUUAUCACUGUAACGAUGCAUCUUGUUGCGAUGCACAGACAAGCCAGUAUAGUCGAAUUCUUGCCAUUGUCAAGAAAUGCAGCCAUGCAGGUUUCUUGUUAUUAUUAUUUUUAUAUCCAUGAGGAAUAAUAUGAGGUAUGCAGUAUAAAUGAACCUUAAUUUAAUGAAGAAUAAUGCUGAAAGAAUUUCGCUAAUUUGCCGUGAAGUUGUAGAAAUAAUUGACGCAUGAUGGCCUGAUAAGUUUCAUCUACCACGUUGAGGAAGUGAUUGUUUUAAACGCUUGCUGCAUAUAGCCGAAAUCUGUAUGGUAUUACAUCAUUGUGUGCGAUAAAAAAAAACCUACGUUUUGCCUAUGGUAUGUAAUCAAGAGCUAAUAAUGUAGUAAUAAAAGUAGUAAUAAAAGGUAUUAUUAGCUCUCGAUGUAAUGUAUAUAUAUAUAUACACACAUAUAUAUUACUGGUGGUAUGAAUGUAAGUUGAAGAUUGUGACUAGGUGAAAGUCAGGUUCGCGUUCACGAAAAUUGUUGUGGCGUUGUGUGUACGAAGUGUUUCCUGCUUCAUACGUUCGUGAGGGGUGAUACUCCAUUAAGAGUGUUCCCAACUUUAAUGUCAUUAAUGGUCAUAAUAACAUAUAUAUAUA